AUGAUGAUCGCAAUCGAUGCUUUACCAACUCUGGGUUACGUCGAUCGACAGCGUUUGGAAACGUACGAGGAACUGUCGGAGGAAUCGAACGAUUUCGAUGUAUUUCGCAACUUGACGUUUCGAUUCACCUGCGAAGGGAAACCGACCGGUCUGUACGCUGACCCGGAUUACGAUUGCCGAGUUUUCCACGCGUGCAACGAUUCGGGAAAUGGAUUUCCCGUGAUCUGUCCGAAUAAUACGGUGUUCGAUCAAAGGGAACGAGUCUGCACGGACGAAGGGCUGCUCGACUGCGAACAUGCCGACGAAUGGUUUCACAUGAACGAGCUACAGUAUUCCAUCGAAGUGACAGAAGAAAAUGCCACAAGGACGGUCGAAAGGGAAGAAAUUCCGUCGGUUCUGCCCCUCCUGCUAACGUGA